AUGACUACCAACGGUAUCAACGGCACCAACGGCGCUCAUGCCAAUGGUGAUGGACACAUCAACACCACCCCCAAGACUUUCGUUGUCAACUCCCCCAACGUAGUCUACACCGACGAGGAGAUUCGCUCCAAGUACACCUACCGCACCACCCUGUGCACUGUCGAGGGCGACAACUAUGUCGCCGUCCCCAAGGAGACCGUCUACGACUUCAAGGUCGACAGAAAGGUCCCCAAGACCGGCAUGAUGCUGGUCGGUUGGGGCGGCAACAACGGUACCACCGUGACCGCCGGCAUCCUCGCCAACAAGCACAAGUACAGCUGGGCCACCAAGGAGGGCACCCAGGAGGCCAACUACUACGGCUCCGUCAUCAUGGGUUCCACCAUCAAGCUCGGCAUCACCGCCAAGGGCAAGGACGUCAACGUUCCCUUCCACAACGUCCUCCCCAUGGUCCACCCCAACGACCUCGUCAUUGGCGGCUGGGAUAUCUCCGGCCUGCCCCUCGACAAGGCCAUGGAUCGCGCCAAGGUCCUUCAGCCUACCAUGAAGGAGCUUCUCCGCGAGGAGAUGUCCAAGAUGGCCCCCCUGCCCUCCAUCUACUACCCCGACUUCAUUGCUGCCAACCAGGAGAACCGUGCCGACAACGUUCUCCCCGGCUCCAAGGCUUGCAUGGAGCACGUUGAGCAGAUCCGCAAGGACAUUCGCGAGUUCAAGGCCGCCAACGGCCUCGACAAGAUCAUUGUCCUCUGGACCGCCAACACCGAGCGUUACGCCGACUUGAUUGACGGCGUCAACGACACCGCCGACAACCUCCUCAAGUCCAUUGAGGCCGGCCACGAGGAGGUCUCCCCCUCCACCAUCUUCGCCGUUGCCUGCAUUCUCGAGGGCACUCCCUUCAUCAACGGCUCUCCCCAGAACACCUUCGUCCCCGGCGCCAUCGAGCUUGCCGAGAGACACGGUGCCUUCAUCGGCGGCGACGACUUCAAGUCCGGCCAGACCAAGAUGAAGUCUGCCCUGACCGACUUCCUCAUCAACGCCGGCAUCAAGCUGACCUCGAUCGCGUCCUACAACCACCUGGGCAACAACGACGGCUACAACCUUUCCUCGCAGAAGCAGUUCCGCUCCAAGGAGAUCUCCAAGUCGAACGUCGUCGACGACAUGGUGGCCGCCAACAGCGUCCUGUACAAGGAGGGCGAGCACCCCGACCACACCGUCGUGAUCAAGUACAUGCCCGCCGUCGGCGACGACAAGCGCGCCCUCGACGAGUACUACGCCGAGAUCUUCUGCGGCGGUCACCAGACCAUCUCGCUCUUCAACGUGUGCGAGGACUCCCUCCUUGCCUCGCCCCUGAUCAUCGAUCUCGUCGUCAUCACCGAGAUGAUGACCCGCAUCCAGUGGAAGGCUGCCGAGGGCGGCGCCGUCGCCGAGAAGGACUUCAAGCACUUCCACAGCGUCCUGAGCGUCCUCAGCUACAUGCUCAAGGCUCCCCUCACUCCCCCCGGCACUCCCGUUGUCAACGCUCUUGCCAAGCAGCGUGCCGCUCUUACCAACAUCUUCCGCGCUUGCGUCGGUCUCGAGCCCGAGUCUGACAUGACCCUUGAGCACAAGCUCUUCUAA